AUGCACUUUCAAAAUUCAUCAAGUAUGUAUUCUGAAGGUUAUUCUGCAAAUGUUUAUUCACCACGAACAUUGUAUCCUCGAUUUCAUCAUCAAUUAUUGCCACAUGUCAAACUAAUUGAUUCAAUUAAAAUACCUCCACGUGAAUCUUGCACUGUCCAAGCAAAACUCGAAUUAUCAUUCGCCGAUACAGUUUACUUUCAUCCUGAUCUUAUUACUCAAGUCGAAAAAUCUGUUCUAAUCUCACCGUCUUUAUCAAACAUAAAAAAUUAUACAGAAUAUUUUAAAAUAUACAAUCCUAAUGAUUAUACACGCUACUUCCCUAUGAAUACUCUUCUAGGUCAAGUGACACAUGCACCGCACCAAGUACACUCGUUUCCAUUAUUCGAUCCGUCUCGUUGUUUUCCGUCGUCAGCUUCUCAACAUCAUCUUAUCAAUGUCAUUGAACUCGAAUAUACUCCUUCUACAACCCUUGAAACGAUUGAUAAAUUACUUGAUCAUAUUACCAAUCUUCAGGACAAAAGUGAACUUCGACUCAUUCUUCAGCAACACAUGCAAGUAUUUGAUAUUUCCAAAGCUACACAAGCAAAAACGCCUAUUCCACAUAUUAGUAACACAGGUGAUAGUCUUUCAACUAAUUCACGACCGUAUCCAAGAAUCAUCCAACAACAACGUGAGAUUCAAGAUGAAAUCCAAAAGAUGAUGCAAACUAAUCAAAUUCGUCCUUCAAAUUCACCUUGGUCUUCUCCAGUUAUUAUUCACAAAAAACAGAUGGUAGUAUUCCACUUUUAG